ACCACACUGUGUACAAAUCUCAGCCGACACUUUUCAAUUCCCACCCGUUCUUUUUUUUUUACUAAAACCCUAAAUUUCUCGCAUCAGUCUUCCCCUCCCACUCAAGUCAACCACCAGUUGAAUUCGAUUUGAAUCAAAUGAUGGAAUGAUUUGUUGAAAACAAAAAGAGAGUAAAGUUUCCAGCUUUUUUGUUUUUCUUGUAAUAUUUUCAGAAAUGGGGGAUUCCGAUAGGGAUUCCGGUGGAGGGAAAAACGGGAACAACCAGAACGGACAGUCCUCGUUGUCUCCCAGGGAGCAAGACAGGUUCUUGCCGAUCGCUAACGUCAGCAGGAUCAUGAAGAAGGCCUUGCCCGCCAACGCCAAGAUCUCCAAAGAUGCCAAAGAGACCAUGCAGGAGUGUGUCUCCGAGUUCAUCAGUUUCGUCACCGGAGAAGCCUCCGAUAAGUGUCAGAAGGAGAAGAGGAAGACCAUCAACGGCGACGAUUUGCUCUGGGCUAUGACCACUCUAGGGUUUGAGGAUUAUGUUGAACCAUUGAAAGUUUACUUGCAGAGGUUUAGGGAGAUCGAAGGGGAGAGGACUGGACUCGGGAGGCCACAGACUGGUGGUGAGCCCGGAGAGCAUCAAGGCGAUGCUGGUGGUUUCUACGGUGGCGGUGGGAUGCAGUAUCACCAACAUCAUCAGUUUCUUCACCAGCAGAACCAUAUGUAUGGGGCCACAGGUGGCGGUAGCAACGGUGGUGCUGGAGCUGCCUCCGGUAGGACAAGAACUUAAAAAAGGAUCGGUGAAGUGGAUCUCUCUGUAUAUAGAUACAUAAAUACAUAUAUAUAUAUAUAUAUAUUAUACACACAUGCCUAUUUUUACGACCCAUAUAAAUUCGUAAUUAUCGAUGUAUAAAGGUAUCGUGUGAUAGAACGAACAUUGGCGCGUUGGUGAUGUAAAAUCAGAUGUGCAUUUAAUUAAGGGUUUAGAUUUUGCGGCUGUGUUAAGAGGAUCAAGUGUGUUUGUUGAACAAUAGGAUUCACUAACGAAUCUGCUUCUUUGAAUUGUAUGUAACAUUAAAGCCAUUGUAUUGGAUUUGGAUCGCACUGAAUGCA